AUGGGAGUCCUUCCGCGGCCCCGUACUUCCGGCUUCCGUGAACUUGCGCAGUACUCGCAGGGAGCUCUUGGGAACGAAGGACUGCUGCUGCUGCUGCUGCUGCUGCUGCUGCUGAAUUCGGAGGUUCUUUGUGUACACAGCUCCCAGCUGAGAUAUUUGCGUCAAGAUGACCCCGGAACCAUAAGUCGGCAUCACCGGGUUUCCUCCGGGACCUCCUUUAACGACUCCUUCCGCCUAAGAGCCUGGAAUACUCAGGAGCUCCUUUGGCGGGGGGCGAACGACUGGAAGGGCACUUCCGGUGUCUGUUGCCUAGGCGCCGGCCCGGCGGGCCUUCCGGGCGACCUAAUUGGUGUCGUCCUCUCGCCCCCCCCCCCCUCCGCCCCGGGGGUCGAGAUGUCGGGGCUCAGCCGCUUAGAGAUGGAGGGCUGUCGCAGCCUGCUGGGCCUACUGGACAACGAGGAGAUCCAGGCCCUGUGCGACACCGUCACCAACCGCCUGGUGCAGCCUGCGGACCGCCAAGAUGCUAUUCAUGCAAUAUUAGUAUAUAGCCAAAGUGUAGAAGAACUUCUGAAGCGUAGAAAAGUCCAUCGAGAAGUCAUUUUUAAGUACUUGGCAACACAGGGGCUUAUUAUACCCCCAACCACUGAAAAACACAAUCUUAUUCAGCAUGCAAAGGAUUACUGGAAAAGGCAGUCACAGCUGAAACUGAAGGAAGCACCAGAGUUAGCUACAAAGACCGAGGAUGUUCAACUCUUUCAACAGCAGGGAAAAGAAGAUAAAAAAGCUGAGAAAGUCGAUUUUCGCCGCCUUGGAGAAGAAUUCUGUCAAUGGUUUUUUGAACUUCUUAAUUCUCAGAAUCCUUUUCUGGGACCACCUCAAGAUGAAUGGGGGCCACAGCACUUCUGGCAUGAUGUAAAGCUUAGGUUUCAUUAUAAUACCUCAGAACAAAAUGUGAUAGACUACCAUGGAGCAGAACUUGUGAGCCUUCGUUUGCUGUCACUAGUAAAAGAAGAAUUCCUUUUUCUCAAUCCCAACCUAGAUUCCCAUGGACUGAAGUGUGCUUCUUCACCCCAUGGGUUAGUUAUGGUGGGAGUUGCAGGGACUGUUCACCGAGGAAACAGUUGUCUGGGAAUUUUUGAACAAAUUUUUGGACUCAUCCGGUGCCCUUUUGUGGAGAAUACUUGGAAAAUCAAAUUUAUCAACCUGAGAAUUGUUGGGGAAAGUUCCAUUGCUCCUGGAACAGUACUGAAACCAGCAGUUACAUUUGAACAGAGUGAUCUGGAGGCCUUUUAUAAUGUUAUUUCUUUGUGUGGUAACAAUGAAGGAAGAGUUAAUAUAAGGCAGCCUUUGGAAAGUGGGACUGGAGACCAGUCUUUGGGUGGUGGAAAUGAGUCAUUAGUGAGCAAAAGAGAAUUGAGUUUGCCUAACCCUGUAAAACACUGAGCACUGUAUGUCAGCUUAGUAAAUCUCUACAGAACCUCUUCCAAGUGCUGCAUCAGUAAUUUCGUGAUUUCAGAUGUAAGGAAUGACAGUUAAAUGCCUUUCUGUACUGCCAUGUUAUAUGAAUACUUGCCCAUUUCUAACUGAGUUACACAAAUGUUUUGAGAACUUAAUUGCAGUUUACCUAAUAAAUCCCACUUUAGAUGUUGUAGCUAACUGUGUGCCUUACAAAUCAGGUAAUAUUUUCAUUUUAUUUAGUGAAUAUUAUCUAUAACUUCCAUAUAGCAAACAAUUGACAGUGUUAAAAUCUUACAGGUCAUUUUACAAAUGCAUCUCAUGAUACUGUUUAAAAGAUAAAAUAACUUAAAAAUAGUUUAGAGAUGUUUGAUGUAAACCCAGUAUUUUCAUUUUAGAAAAUUCUGUUUACAUUGUUAAGUACAAAACUUCACAAGGGGAGAAAAAUUUACUACCUCUGUAAAUAUUUGGAAAACAUUUUUCAGUUACCUGCUUUGGUCCAAAAAAGUGUCUGUUAUAAUCUUUAACAUUUUGGCAAUAAUAAAUACUGCUCCCAAGACAGAACUUAGUCUUACCUACAUUUUAGCUAAUAGCUUUAUAAGAGAAUUUAUUGUAACACCAGAAAAAGGGAAUACACUAUUGAUAAUUUAAAGGUGUGCGCAAUUUUUAGUUUUAUUUUUCCCUUGAUAGAUUUGGCAUUGAUUAUUCUCCUAUUCAAAAAACAACGUAAAACCCAAAUCCAAAUUUAACAUACACAUAUUUUCUCUGUACAUAUACUCCACAUCCUAACAUAAAUCUUUUUUGAACUUUUUCACCUUUUAUUUGUGUUAUUAGGUUUUAGAUAAAAAAUUGAGUUGCCAGAUUAAUGACAUAGUUGCUUUGAAGUUUAUUUCCUGCCACCAGCAUCUGUUUGCUUGUCCUGGAUUUAAUUAGGAAUUUUAGUUUAUAAAAGAACCUUUUGACCAAAAAUUCAAUGUGAUGAUAUAUUGUACAUAUUAAGUUUUUAUUUUUAAUUUUGCUUCUGAUCACCUAGGAUAGAUAUUGGAAGCAGAAGAAAAUAGUCAUACUUUUUUUUUCCAAUGACAUACCUUGUUUUGAGGGUAUAA